AUACGACUAAUGUUUCUGAAGCGCGCAAGUACAACUCUAAGUGAAUAGGACUCUUAUGUUUGAGUGACCCUUCAAACUUGAUGUGAUAUUAGCCUCCGCUAACUCUGAAUCAAGCUCAACCAUAAGUCAUGUGGAACUUGAAUCAUCUGAAAAUGAAGGGCAACGGAAUCAAGAUUUUACGUGGAGUUUGCAAUUAUUAUACAAAGGGGAGAACUGAAGCACGGAUAUGGGAAGGGUGCAUUAACCAUGGUACAUAUUCGCUCUCCACUGUUAGAUCCUAUGUAACCAAAGGAUAUUCAGCGAAGCCACCUUGGCGAAUAUUGUUCUUUGGAAGUGACGAUUUUGCUGUGGAAUCUUUGAAACGGCUUCAUGCCUCUAGGCAAGACACCAAGGACCGAGUUGUGGAAUCACUUGAAGUGGUCACGUUAAGCAAAGAUGUCCCUGUGCGAAAGUAUGCUGUCCUCAACAAGCUACCGGUUCAUGACUGGCCAAAAGUCGACAUACAUGGACAGUUUGACGUGGGUGUGGUGGUGUCUUUUGGUUGCUUACUUCAGGAAAAUCUCAUCAGUCAACUGCCAUAUGGAAUUCUCAAUGUUCACCCUAGCCUGUUGCCAAGGUGGCGAGGGUCAGCUCCUGUUUUUCACACAAUUCUACAUGGUGACAAAGAAACUGGAGUUACCAUCAUGCAGAUAAGGCCUAAGAGGUUUGAUGUUGGCCCUGUACUCCAUCAGGAGGUAUAUCAGGUCCCUGAGAGAUGCACAGCAGAUGAACUCGGAGCUUCUUUAGCCGUUCUGGGGGCACGACUGCUAAUCGACACAUUGAAGAACUUGCCAGAGCGACUAGCCAACAGAAAGGAGCAAUCAAAGGAAGGUGCAACAUUUGCUCCUAAAAUCAAGUCCUCAAUGAGUUGGAUUGUAUGGGAGGAACAGACUUGUGCCCAGAUUGAUCGCCUAUAUCGUGCCAUUGGGUCUCGGAUUCCUCUGAGAACCAUUUGGAUGGGAUGCACAGUCAAACUCCUGGACUUUGUUGACAAACAUGAGGUUUCACUCUUAGGAUCAGAGACAGCAGUUCCAGGGUCCAUUCGAUAUCAGAAGAAAUCCAAUACGCUGCUUGUCCGCUGUAAGGACGGCUGGGUUGGGUUCAAAGCAGUGAUGUUAAAAAAAAGAUUGUCUGCAGCAGACUUCUACAACGGAUACCUUCACCAGAGUUUUCUGAAGAGACCCUCUGCUCAAUCAAACUGUUUGUUUCUCAGCAACAAAGACAAAAUUUCACCGUAUGUCAGAGGACAGGAUGAUAAAAAAUCAUUGCUGAAUGAGAUUGUUCUUUUCAAGAGUAUUCAUGCAUAAGUGAAUGUGUAAAUUUAUUCUAUUACUCACCGAUAAUGUAUGUUUUGUCUGUUUUAAGACAAAGACAAAAAUUAAUUUGUCGAACAUUAUG